AUGACUUUGAAAGACACGUCCACCUUCACCGUAUUCAGAAUCUCCGUCGUCGUUGCUUCUUGGACGCCGCCGCAGCUCGCCGUCGCAGCUCGCCGCCGCAACUCGCCGCCUUCGCGUGUUGAACUGUUAGAACAGAUUCUACGAAAGUUAACAUUGUUUGAUUACCUCAAGUGUCGACGAGUAUGUCGGUCUUGGCGACACAUAGUUGAUGAAGCUGUCGCAACCAAGGGAACAAUAUGUUCCCCUGCUCCUCAACUCCCAUUCCUCAUGUUGCUUCCUGAGUCUCUUCAGUCCGGCACUCUUUCAGACAUCACACAAGAAGACACUUCUUAUACCAAUAUUGCAGCACCCCGAACUUGGAAAGGUAACGUUGAUGGGGUAUAUUCGGUUGAAGGAUGGAUGGUGUUCCAAAAAUUCUAUUAUGACAGAGGUUAUGGUUUGGUUAUGUUUUUCAAUCCAGUUUCUGGUGAAGAGUUUGAGCUUCCACAUUUGCAUGUGCCACUGUAUCGCCGCAGUGUGGAUACUACAGUUUAUAUUAAACUCGUGGUCUCUUAUGCACCAAAUUCCUCAGACUUUUUUGUGGUGGCGUGUGCUACCAUCCUUCCUUACAUGAUGCAGCAGUUAGCAUUUUGCAAGGUCGCUGACAAGUCAUGGACUCUAAUUACAAAAGAUGAAUAUGGACCAACUUAUUUUCAUCAGUUUGUGAUUCUUGAUUGGAAAUUAUAUGUAACAUCGCGUGAAUUAGAUGAUUCUGUGAGUGUGACUGUUUUUAAUCUCAGAGAUUCCAAUAUCAUUACAUCUGAAAGGUUGGUUAUGCUCAAUCCAAAUGCAAUUCCAAAGGAAUUUCACGUUGAGCUCAAGGAUGGGGUUUCCUGCUGUACUAAUGAAAGUGAGGUAGGUAUCACAAGAGAUGGGGAUGAGCUAUUCUUAGUUAUUUAUCUUAUCGAACAUGUUUUGGGUAAUAUUCAAUGCGAGUUGACAAAAGGAUUUCGCAUCUUUAAACUUGACAUAUGUGGCCCUAGAUGGAUAGAAAUUGAAGAUUUGGGUGAUCGUGUUUUGUUAAUAGAUGAUUUUCGAAUUCAAGUUAUCUCUGCUAAGAAAAUUAACCUUCGAGGAAAGUUGAGCGGAGGCAAUUGUGUUUUCUUCUCUCUUUUAAACACGAACACGCUCAUACCUGAUCGUGGGGUCUUCUCUUUGAAGGAUAAGAGCGUUAAACCUUUAACUUUCCAUCCCUCUUUACAAGACUUCUUAUACGGUUUGUGGUUCAUGCCUAGUCCUUUGGUAGUAAAGCAAGAGUGA